AUGAUGAGAGCACUAGCGGUGGUGGCCAUGGUAGCCACUGCUUCCUUGCUCGCCGCGUCCGCCCGCGCCGAGCAGUGCGGCACGCAGGCCGGCGGCGCGCUCUGCCCCAACUGCCUCUGCUGCAGCAAGUUCGGGUGGUGCGGCACCACCUCCGACUACUGCGGCAGCGGAUGCCAGAGCCAGUGCACCGGCAGCUGCGGCAGCACCCCGACCCCGACCCCAAGCACUCCCACUCCCACCCCGAGCUCCGGCGGCGGCAGCGUGGCGUCCAUCAUCUCCGAGUCCCUGUUCAACCAGAUGCUCCUCCACCGCAACGACGCCGCGUGCCCGGCCAAAGGCUUCUACACCUACGCCGCCUUCAUCGCGGCGGCCAACGCGUUCCCGGGCUUCGGCACCACGGGCGGCGCCGUCGCGCAGAAGCGCGAGCUGGCGGCGUUCCUCGCCCAAACCUCGCACGAGACGACGGGCGGGUGGGCGACGGCGCCCGACGGCGCCUACGCCUGGGGCUACUGCUUCAAGGAGGAGCAGGGCGCCGCGGCGGGGCCGGACUACUGCCAGCCCAGCACGCAGUGGCCGUGCGCCGCCGGCAAGAAGUACUACGGCCGGGGACCCAUCCAGAUCUCCUACAACUACAACUACGGCCCCGCCGGGCAGGCCAUCGGCGCCGGCAUCCUCGCCAACCCGGACCUGGUGGCGUCGAACCCGACGGUCUCGUUCGAGACCGCGGUGUGGUUCUGGAUGACGCCGCAGUCGCCCAAGCCGUCGUGCCACGCCGUCAUGACGGGGCAGUGGACGCCCUCCGGAGCUGAUACCGCCGCCGGGAGGUUGCCGGGGUAUGGCGUCGUCACUAACAUCAUUAAUGGUGGCCUGGAGUGCGGCCAUGGCGCCGAUAGCCGCGUCGCGGACAGGAUUGGGUUCUACAAGCGCUACUGCGACUUGCUUGGGGUCAGCUACGGAGACAACUUGGACUGCGCCAACCAGAGGCCCUUCAACAGCUAG